AUGGCUGCCAUUUCUACUGACCGGCAGGCCGGCAUGCAACCGGAGGACGUGCAAAUGGAGGACGCCCCCGACGACGAGCAAGCGACACCCUCCUCUUCCUCCGAGGCAUCCUCCACCUCCGCUCCACCCUCGCCGGUGCAUUGCAUCAUGGCCAUCGGCGCCCAUUAUAUGGACAUGGUGCAGGAGGAGCAGUUCCGGGAGGGGCGCGAGCUGCAGCGGUACAGCGCGAGCACCGGCGGGCGCAUCGUGGUGGGGUGCAUCCCGUACCGGGUGCGCGCAGGCGGCGACGGCGACGGCGAGGGCGAGCUGGAGGUGCUGGUCAUCAGCUCGCAGAAGGGGCACGGCAUGAUGUUCCCCAAGGGCGGGUGGGAGCUGGACGAGUCCAUGGACGACGCGGCCCGGCGCGAGGCCCUGGAGGAGGCCGGCGUCCGCGGCGAGAUGGGCAAGGUGCUCGGCUGCUGGCACUACCAGAGCCGCCGCUACCAGACCACCUACGAGGGCAUCAUGUACCCGCUCCGCGUCACCGACGAGCUCCAGCAGUGGCCCGAGAUGGCCUCCCGCAAGCGCACCUGGGCCACGGUGCAGCAGGUCAUGGAGGGAUGCCAGCACUGCUGGAUGCGGGAGGCGCUCGAGGAGCUCGUCGCCCGGCACGCCAAGCCGCAGUCCGCCCUGUGA